UACUAGUCCUGUCUAAGCUAAAAAUGCACAUAGACAAGAUUUAAUAGUAGCUAAGUUUUCGUCACCAGGCACCAGGCACCGGAACAGGAACCUGCAGUAAUACUAAUUGUUUAGCCAGAUGAAAAGGAACAUUUAUGACUUGGGUGAUGGAGAAUUUGCAGCAGCAAUUGCUGCUACCGCGUUUGCUAUAUGUUCCCUUGAGGAAAAUGCUGGCUCUCAAUAUCAGACAAAAACAAAAAGACCUGUUAUUAUGCCAGCAGAAGCAGCUCCAAUGAGAAGGACAUCCACGAUGAAUCGUAAAACUUCAGCAGAAAUAGUGACCAUAACUCCUGCUGCUAAUGAUAAAAUGCAAAAGGGGAUUUCAAGAGUUAGCAGAAAUGCUGAAAACAAAGCUGAUGCUUGGGAGAAAGCUCAGAUAGCCAAAAUAAGAAAGCGACAUGAUGAACUUCUUUCUGCGCUUCUUGCUUGGGAGAACGAAAAGAAGAUGAUGGCAAAACAACAAAUGGAAAGGAGAAAGAGUCAAGUGGAGCUUGCUUUGAAAAGGAACUUGCAGCAUUACAAAAACAAACUAGCGAGGAUUGAUCAUAUCGCCAAAGGAGCAAGAACACAAGCAGAAGAGAAAAGAAGUUAUGAAGAAACCACAGUGAAAGAGAAAUCAAAUAAGAUUAGAUCAACAAGGACUGGACCUGUUACAUGUUACUGCUUCUAACUGUAAAAAAAGUGUACUACACCGGAAAAUGAAUCCUCUAGUACUCUAUUUACACAAGAAUUGUACUCAACUCAUUGAU